ACAGAGGUUGGGUGAAUAUCUGUUCGUAAAUUUGAAAGAGAGGUUGGAGACAUUUUGGAAAUUUAGAUUUAUAAAAAGGGUCACAGGAGCCAAGAUCUAGCACUGAGAUUACAGAGAGAAGGGGAGAGGGAUAUUGUGAGAUCAGAGAUGGAAAUUGAGGAGAUAAGCAGCGUUUCAGCACUUCCACUCCUUUCCUUGAAUCAUAUUUCCUUGUUGUGCAGAUCUGUUCCAACUUCAGCCACUUUUUAUGAAGAGGUUUUGGGCUUUGUUCACAUCAAACGACCUUCUUCUUUCAGUUUUAAUGGAGCCUGGUUGUUCAAUUAUGGAGUUGGGGUACACCUAAUUGAGAACAAUUCGGCUAACGAUGAGUUUGAUAUACUGUUUCUUUCAAGACCCAUUAAUCCACUGGACAACCACAUUUCAUUCCAGUGCCCAGAUAUUGGUGUGGUUAAGAUGAGGUUGGAGAAGAUGGGGAUUAAGUACGUGACAGCAGUGGUUAAUGAAGGUGGGAUUAGAGUGGAUCAAGUGUUCUUCCAUGACCCCGAUGGAUAUAUGAUUGAGAUCUGCAACUGUGAGAACCUCCCAGUGCUUCCACUCUCUUCUCCGUUUCUCCCAGAGCUUCCUGUAUCCUCCUCUUUUAAGGCGAUCAAGGGGAGAACUUGCAAGAAAAUGGAGAAUGCAAUGAUGGAGAGCUUAAGUAUGGAGAUGAUGAACUUCUCAUUUUAAGUUAUAAUUAAGACUGUUUCGAUUGAGUUUUUUUAUCAAACUUCAGUCCUGUCUGUGUGUAAUGCGUCUGAGAUUUGAAACUUGGUGACUGGAAAUAAAUAAAUCUCAUUUGGGUUCCAUGAAAAA